AUGUUUUUUUUGUAAAAAGAAAGGCAACUUAACGUGUUCUAUGUGCUAUGCCUAAUAUUUACCAAUUAAUCCUAGGCUUCGUCGUUUUGUGUGUAAAUGUCACACAAAACAGAAUGAAUAAGAAAAAUUACCCAAUGGGAAAUUAUAAAAGCUUUUAAUGAAGGGGGUUGCCAGAGCGUGAGUCGAGGUAUGGUGAAUAAAGUAUCUCGCCGGGAAAGGGAUAGAAGUAGGGUGAGCGCAAUUGUGAUUGGCUAAAGAAAACAAUGAAGACUAUGCGGUAAAAACGGUGUUUUGGAUGCUGUUGAAAACUGCCUAUAUAAAGGGGUUAGCGGUAGGCCAGAAGUUAGAACUGCCUCGUGUUAUUGAAAUCGACAUCCAGUGCGGGAAAAUGUGAAAAGGUGCGGCGUACAAAAAAAAAUACCGCGGAGUGUCCUGUUUUUUUGUAGUUUCUAAAAAUCCUAAGUAAGGAGAGGAAACUAAGUGUAAGUGCGCCAGAAAGGUCCGAAAAUAAACGCGCCAACACAAGAGGACUCAAUUCCGGAAGUUAAGGACCCUCCUAAAGUGGAAGAAAGGCUACUUGGCCGGACUUGGAAGGCCACGGAGUGGUUGUAGGAGUAGAGCACCCACGGGCUAGAGGCAGUGGAACAGGCAGGAAGUCCCCCGGCGAGAUUGUGCCAGGAGUUUAAAUUUGUACGUCCGUACGUGGAUGCAGAAGGGUGCGGCACAACUCGCUGGUGAGUGGUAGAUUUUUAAGAUAUGCGAAAUUUUUUAUCUUUUACGAAUGUGUUGAGAGGGAAUGCCCCAUAUCGCCAUAGCGUCAGGAAAUUUUAUUGGUGUCACCCGUUGAGUCGGUCAGCAUGUGCCACAACCACUAUGUUAAUUAACAUUGUGUGAAGCUUUUGACCAUAAACUGCAGCAGGGAAAUGAGCUCGAGGAAAUCCAGGGGCGGAGUCAAGGCAAUAGCUUUAAGAUAUUAAUAUUCUUUUUAACACAUUUUCUGUUUCCAAAUUAUUCACUAUUAAUUCGGGUGUAAUUUUUGUCGGUGUCCCGUCAAACCAGGAAAACGCCAAACCAACGAUACCAAUUUUAAAGAAUUUUUUUUUGGAGCUGAGAAGAUCCGGCUCCCGGAAAACCAUAAAUAUAUAUCUGCUUAAGAGAGCUCUUUUAGGUAGGCUGUUAGAGUUUCCUGUGGAUGUUGCAGCGCCAUAGUUGCGCUUUCAUGUUUGGUUUUUUUUUGUGCGAUAGGAAAUACCAGUCGAGAUUCGUGUAGUAUGUAAGUAUUUUCGUAUAAUAUAAACUGUGUAGUUUUUGAAAUGUUAUGUAAUAAAUAUUGUGUUAUAAUUUGAAACUGAUAAAAGGAGCCCUAAAUGACUGGCUAAAUUGAUAUAGGAGGGAGGGGAAGAUGACCAAGGGUAGAAAUUGAAUGAAGUGAUUGGAGUAAUACCAAAAAGGGGAACCGCCGGAAGUGAACAACCGGAAAGAGCGGUCCAAGGAUGGGUGGGCUUCCUGUGAGACGAUAUGUGCAGAUGACGAUUGGAACAUCCGCCUCGCCUCAAUGUGGCCAAGGGUUGAGAACCGCGCCAAUAACAUAUGCUGAGCUAGCAUGGGUAACCACAUUGAUGGCAGAAAAAAUGGCGGAUAUGCAGGUACGUGUACGUGACAAUAUUAAAUAUGGCGCCCAAACUAAAACAUAGGGAUGACAUCAGCGCCGCGGUUUGAAAUUGGCGCCCGCGAAUGAGCCAGAAAAGUAGAUGUUCUGAGCAAAAAAUCAGGACAGGAAUAAUAGAAACCAGAUGAAAUAAACAUACAGCUCAUUUAUUUAUAAAUGUAUUUCAACCCAACAACAAAAAAAAAAAAAAAAAAAGGAAAUUAUUAGUUAGUAUACGACAUACAAUCCGUUCAUCCAACCAAACGGGUCUGGCUAUAUGUGACCUCCUACCAAAACAGUGACUUGUUUAGGUGGAGCCCACACAAAUUCAAUGGCAUCUGCAUAGGAACGGGGGAGCAGGUGGUCAGACACCGACCAUACCCCACCGAUGGCAUAGUCGGAUAGAAGAAGUCCAGGCUAGAAGCAUCGCCUUAAUGGCUUUUUUUUGCAAGUCAGAGAAGUGUACGUUACAAAGUUUAGUUUGACAGUAGAUUCAGUUGGCCUAUACUUAUAUAUAAUUUUUUUUUCUUCUUCAAGUCCGAAUCGCUUAAAGCAAUAAGUGCUUGGAAUGCAAAGAGACGUUGUGACCGCAAAUGUCCAAACAAUUGUGUAGCAUAACGCGAUAGAUCUUCAAAAGAAAUAAAUAAAUAAUCCACCGACAUUUUUAGUUACAGAAAGAGCAUACGCUCCCACAGGAAUGAUAAGGUCUGCUCCAAUCACGACUAUAAAUUCAAAAAAAAAAAAAAAUAAUAAUAAUAAUAAUAAUAAUAAUUUGAAACCCCGAAGUCAUCUGAACCUCCCGCAUGUAGAUCAGACGGGUUUAAAGAACAAAAAGAGUAAAUUGAGGGCUAUAGGUAAAGAUAUCACGCGGAUGAAAGGUGUGUCCAUACCAUACAAGACGCGCUCUAAAACUAGAAACGCUGCUAUGCAUUCAGCGAAUGUGCCAAACCCUAAAGCGCCAUGCGCAAACGACCCAGCGUUUAUAGAUCUCUCGGAUCGAAUUGGGGGCGGUAAUGUUGGGGCAAGUGGUGGAGAUAUCAGGCAGGGAGACUCCAAUAAUUUACCAGGGAAUCAAGAUCGCAUUACAGGGGCGGUCCCAAAACAACAUAAAGAGUUGCAAAUAACCCACUCAGUGGGAGUGCCAACACCCACCUUGACCUUUCCCCAUCCUCCGUCCACUAACAAUAGCGACGCCAACCUGGUGUCCUCAAACAGUUUAACCAACGCGAGAGAUUUUCGCAACGAGUUAGCGCCGGUUUUAAAGGAAAUGGUGGCUGAGGUAAAAAACACUCUCUUAAAAGAGAUGCGCGAUAGCUUGCCCGGUUUGAGCAGAACGACAGGUGCAGAAAUGGAAUCGUCAUGGUUCGGUAAUAGAUCGCGAAAUCGGAACAACAAAAGAGCAAGACACAACUCCAGUAUCGAUUCAUUUAAUUCCGGACGCUCAGGAGAACUACAUAGAAACAACAAUAUUAAUCAAAACCAUACAAACAGAAAUAAUUACGGUGCAAUGUCCCAUUCGGCUGCGUAUGCAUGCGCCUUCGCGGAGCCACCACCACCUCGCCAACCGCCAAUAGCAGGUGCAGGGAUUCCAGCAGCUGUCUCCGAAGUCGCUCGUCCGGCAUCUGGAAGAGAAAAAAACAAGGAAAUUAGUAAAUCGGAAAUCAAUAUCGAAAAAUGGGGCAUAAAUUAUCAGGGUCAUCGCGAUUCUAUGUCUAUCGAGGAUUUUUUGUUCCGUUUAGAGUACUUAAAAGAGCAAUACGUGUGUUCGUGGGGCGAGAUAUUACGCGAUUUCCAUCGGCUAUUGGGCGGAGAGGCGCGUGAGUGGUACUGGCUGUAUAUCCGUUCCCACGGUAAGGUCGACUAG